UCUUGGACAUGAGUAAAUGACGUCAGCCCGGGUCACCGAGCAGUGAAACAAACAUGGCGACAGAAUGGAGCGGGCAGCAGGGUUACACUCUCACUGUCAUCAUCUUCCUGUGGAGCGCGGUCGGCGGCCGCACGGAGACGACGGCGGCGUCCGGGGGCGGCGGGGGCGGCAGCCAGGUGCUCGGCAUGCGGCUGGAGAGGAGCGACAAGCCGUCCGGCACCAAUGACGAUGGUGUCAUCCAGGUGACUGAGGAGAGCUCCGUGCAGCUCCGGUUUUACGGGGUGCAGCUCCACUCGGGCGCCUGGACGCAAAUCCGCUUCACGGAGCUGACGGACGGCGGCGAAGGGGAGGAAGAGGACGCGGUGGCGGCGGCGAGGGGGAGCGGCAGCGGCAUGAUGGAGGCGCCGGACAGGACUUGUGUUGAUUUCACGAAGGACAUCAGCGUCGGGACCUUCAUGAACGUCACAAGUCGAGGCACGUCGGGGCUACUCACGGUUCACGUUAAGCCGCUCCGCAAGAGCGAGCCGAAGAAGGAGUACGCCCUGUGCACGCGGAGCGCGGACGGGAGCAGGUGGGUGCUGCUGGGGGACAGCGAUGGCAGGCUGCUGGUGCUGGAGGAGAAGAAGUCCCUGCUGCCCAUCUGGCUCCAGGCCAUCCUCAUCGCCUGCCUGCUCGUGCUCUCUGGCAUGUUCAGCGGGCUGAACCUCGGGCUGAUGGCGCUGGACCCCAUGGAGCUGCGCAUCGUGCAGAGCUGCGGCACCGAGAAGGAGAAGAAGUACGCCCGAAAGAUCGAACCCAUCCGCAGCAAGGGGAACUAUCUUCUCUGUUCUCUGCUGCUAGGCAACGUCCUGGUGAACACCACGCUCACCAUCCUGCUCGACGACCUCACCGGGUCCGGUUUGGGGGCCGUGGUGGCUUCCACCGUGGGGAUUGUGAUUUUCGGGGAGAUCGUGCCCCAGGCGCUGUGCUCGCGCCACGGACUCGCCGUGGGAGCCGACACCAUCCUGGUGACGAAGUUCUUCAUGUUCCUCACGUUCCCGGUGUCCUUCCCCGUCAGCAAGCUGCUGGACUUCAUGCUGGGCGAGGAGAUCGGGAUCGUGUACAACCGGGAGAAGCUGGUGGGGAUGCUGAAGGUGACGGAGCCCUACAACGACCUGGUGAAGGAGGAGCUGAACAUGAUCCAGGGCGCCCUGGAGCUGCGGAACAAGACGGUGGAGGACGUGAUGACGCCCACCGACCACUGCUUCAUGAUCCAGGCCGACGCCGUGCUCGACUUCAACACCAUGUCUGAGAUCAUGGAGAGCGGCUACACGCGCAUCCCCGUGUACGACGACGAGCGCUCCAACAUCGUGGACAUCCUGUACGUGAAGGACCUGGCCUUCGUGGACCCGGACGACUGCACCACCCUGAAGACCAUCACCAAGUUCUACAACCACCCGGUGCACUUCGUGUUCCACGACACCAAGCUGGACGCCAUGCUGGAGGAGUUCAAGAAAGGUAAAUCCCACCUGGCCAUCGUCCAGAAGGUGAACACGAGGGGGAGGGCGACCCUUUCUACGGGUGCUGGAUUGGUCACGCUGGAGGACGUCAUCGAGGAGAUCAUCAAGUCCGAGAUCCUGGACGAGUCCGACCUCUACACUGACAACAGAAACAGGAAAAAGGUGGACCCCAAUAAAAACAAGCCCGACUUCUCGGCCUUCAAGAACAACGCAGACAGUAAAGUGAAGAUCUCUCCUCAGCUCAUGCUGGCCGCUCAUCGUUUCCUGGCAACAGAGGUGAACCUGUUCAGCCCGUUCCAGGUCACAGAGAAAGUCCUGCUGAGGAUCCUGCGACACCCUGACGUCAUCCAGGAGCUCAAGUUCAACGAGAACGACAAGCGCUCGCCGCAGCACUUCAUCUACCAGAGAGGCAAACCUGUGGACUACUUCGUUCCUCAUUCUGCAGGGACGGGUGGAAUUGGACUGGAAAUGUAAAACAUGAAGUUUGAAAACCGGCCCGCUCUUACUAUGAGUCAUGUGCUCGGCUCACAUCACUGGCCGUCACCCCCCCUCUCUCCCCAACGGUGGCGUCCCCCCCUCCACGACGCCUUUCUCUUAAGAGGUUUUCUCUCUUCUCUCGUUUCCCAGAGUUUCGAUCUCCUUCACACGGGGCCAACCUCAACCGCUCGGCGUCUCUGAGCUGCACCGAGCGCCCCCCGGAAAGCGGCUCCGUCGGCGGGAGCGUGACCCAGAUGCCCGGCACCCCCUUCCAG